CAUAUCCGGGAAUAAAGAAGCAUAUCGUGUGUCUGCUGCUGUGUUUGCAAUAAUAAUGUCGAAUCAGAUGCAUACCCAGAAUACAGACGCAGCACUGCUCGCCCGAAUGCACAUGAUGCGGUUAGCUGCAGAAGGUGGAGGUACUGCUGGUGGUGGUGGUGGAGGUGGAGGAAAAACGAUCGGUUCCCUACCGCGACCAAAUCAUUCGCCAAGUGGGAGCGGUGCACAAGAUCCAAAUUCGGACAGCAAUGUUUACGGCACGGUAACUUCAAGCGCAUCGUCGUCCUUUCAUGGGAUGGGUGGCAAUGGUGCUUCUACGGUAGCCGUUUCUAUGGCCACAAUGGUGAACAUGAAUGACUACCGAAUGUACGAUCGGUACCAGAAUCAGAUGCAUGCAGCAGCUGCCGCUGGGAGCAAGUUCACCGUGCAGCAACAGCAGCAGAGUGUCAGUGCGCAUGCUACUGUUUCGACCACGGCUGGAAUGGUUGGUGGUGGAGUCAAUAGUGUCAGUUCCACUGGUGGCAGUUAUCAGUACAGGGUCAACAACAGCCCCACCCAUUCGAUGAGUAACGCAUCCCAACACUCUGCCAGUGGCGGAGGUACGAUUCCCAGGACAAGCAACUCCGCGGUAGGACCGAUGCCGCAGCAGCAGCAGCAGCAGCAGCCGCAACAUUAUUACGAUUCACGUUAUCAAACGGUAUACGAGAACAUUGACUGCUAUCCGACAGCUUCGCCGCAGCAGCAACACCAACAACAAUCGAUGGAUGCACACUUGUACGACCAUCGAAAGUUUGAAUCGCACAACAUCAAGGCUCAACCUCAGGUUCCGGUUGGCUCUGGUGGGCAGCCGUAUAUGUUAUCAAACGGUGUUGUUAUGCCAGGUCGUGAGCAUCCGGGUAUGAUGAAUAUGGCUGGCCGAUACGCGCACACUCCGCAGCCCCCAGAAUUGACGGGUGCAGCAGAACAACCUCCAAUCUAUGAGAAUCUGCAGUCUCCUCCACCAUCAGCGGGACAACAGGCACAACCGCAGGCAACCAAAGGAUCCAUGCAGGUUUAUUAUCACCAGCGUGCAGACGGCACAACUCCAAGUCCCAACGCCAUGGCUCACGCACACCAGCAGCAGCAGCAGCACCAGCCUCAUCAACAAUAUCAUCAUUCUUCAGACCAACAAUCCCAACCGAUCUACGAAACUACGAAUGCAAGUGCGAAUAGUUACAGAACGGCUAAUAGCACGGUCGCAUCUGCAGGACCUAUGCAUGCUCCUGCAACGGCUAUGUAUCAUCACCACCAUCAGCAACAACAGCAACAGUACCAACACUCGCCGACCAAUAGUAGCAUAUCGGUGAAAAUUGCUCAACAACCCCAACCGGUACAGCUUCCCAAUGUGAAGUAUCACGCGACCGGUGUUCCAGUAUCUGCCGCACUGCCGUACGACUACCAGAAAUCGCCCAAACUCGGAUCAUCAAACGCCCCAUCAUUGCCUCCCAAAUCAUCGGAAGCGCUCAAAACUCAACAGAAAAACAAUAAGUCUCCAUCUCGCAGCAGCUCCAUCUCUGGUUCCAGCUCGCUCAACAAAAGCUUCGUUGAGGACAUCAAUGGGUCGGACUACGUUUGUAUGACUAGUGGCACCAAAUACAACAACUCAGGCAGCAACACAUUGCAGUCGAUGAAAACAAGUCCGCUCACAUCGCCACCACCGCAGACUACGAGCACAACAACGCCGACGGGUGUUGCCAGCGGUUCAACCACUGCUGCCAUGCCCGUUCAGGUUGGACAGGAACGGCAGUAUGCGACGCUACAGGAGAUGGAAAUAGCUAAGAAUCAAUUAGCAAACAGCCAGCAACUGAAAGGAUCUGCUACACAUCCUUCGGCCAAUGCGCUCGGCGCUAAAUUGGCCCCACCAAAUGGCAGUGCAAUGGCGCCGGGUGGCAACAACGUUGUUGGGGCAACGGGCAUGGGAUUGAGGGGUGCCGUUUCGCCCACACCAUCACAACUAAGCACCGGAUCCGGAUCGGGGAAGCCAAAAGGUUUGACCAAAAAUCUACUUCCGUACAAUGUCACCCCACCCAGACCGACCGGGCCAACCGAGGCGGAGCGAAAGAUCGAAGAAUUAACCCGCCAGCUGGAGGAGGAGAUGGAGAAGAAUGAGGAGCAGGGAGAAUAUUUUGGCAUUUGUCAUACGUGCAAGGAAAAGGUGACUGGUGCCGGUGCCGCUUGCCAAGCGAUGGGUAAUUUGUACCACACGAAUUGCUUUAUCUGCUGCUCGUGUGGCCGUGCGCUGCGUGGCAAAGCGUUCUACAAUGUGCACGGGCGUGUUUAUUGUGAGGAAGAUUACAUGUACUCCGGAUUUCAGCAAACAGCUGAGAAAUGUGCAAUAUGUGGGCAUUUGAUUAUGGAGAUGAUCCUUCAAGCGAUGGGAAAAUCGUACCAUCCUGGUUGCUUCCGAUGCUGCGUUUGUAAUGAGUGUCUUGAUGGUGUUCCCUUCACAGUUGACGUGGACAAUAAGAUUUAUUGUGUCAACGACUAUCACAGCAUGUUUGCCCCGAAAUGUGCGAGUUGCGGCAAAGGCAUCACUCCUAUGGAAGGGACAGAGGACACCGUGCGCGUUGUGGCGAUGGAUAAAGAUUUUCAUGUUGAUUGCUACAUUUGCGAAGAGUGCGGUAUGCAGCUGACUGACGAAUCCGAUAAGCGAUGCUACCCUUACGAAGGUAGAUUGAUGUGUCGUUCUUGCCAUAUACAGAAGAUAUCGGUACAAGAUAGGCGUGGGCGCAUUCUGGAGCCUGUAUCUGCGACUUAUCAAUACAUGGGUUAA